AAUGCCAUAUUUUUUAAAGUAAAGGAAUUGUUACAAAAUAUGAAGCUUCUUUUGAUUGUUUUGUUGGCCGUUCAUGGAUUGGUUGUCUCGUCGACAAAUGCCGAUGACGAUGAUGUCGUGAACUUACUCCAGAAGUUACUCAAUUGUGCUGAUACACGAAAGGAUGCCAUCAAACCAGAGCCAUCAGAUGGGCUUCUCAAAUGUACUAAGUGUCAGAAUAUUGUUGGGAGCAACCGUGGCAACAAAUACUGCGUAUCUGAAAUGCCAGACCAAGUUGAAACAUGUGCCGAAGGUGUUACACAGUGUUACACUCGAGUGAGGAACUACGUGGACCUAGAAGCAACGCGUAUUUAUUCGAUGGAGGUCAUCCGUGGUUGCCAACCAGACGGAGUCGUGUGCGAUGAGGCCAUCGCCAUAAAAGGCCGUUAUGAGAGAUACACACAGUGUUGUCAUGGUAACGAGUGCAACGUGGGCGACGUCGUUCCAUUUCCUGAAGAAUAGGCCAUCUUGUCAAUCAUUUUCGACUUUUGCUUGACACGACUCCGUAGAUAUGAAUAAAGAGAAUUCCUUAUUGUAGAGGAGGAAAAUGAUCAACAUUUAUAUGAGAUGCUAGUCCUCUUGUA